GUGCAGGAGGAGUGUGUUCGUUCAGGAUUUGAAAGAGACAAAUCGGAUGAGAUUAGAGUUGAUUCUCCAGGCAGUUCCAGGAUUGGGAAAGGGAAGAUGUCCUCUCUGCCACAGGAUCAGGGCAUGCACUCAUUUGUCACCACAACCCCUGCUGAUGCUCCACAUACUCUGUCUCUGGCUAGAAGAUCUGCCCAUGCAGUGUGCACGAGGCUCCCAUAAUCAGACUUCCAACACAGGCAGCUGAAUGGAAGCUAAGGCCAAAUGGGUUCUGCUAGGGAAUGUGUAGAGCCAGCAGUGGAUCUCUCUCUCAACUGCAUGUGUCUUGUUUAAUGACCAAAUAGAGACACUAAACUUGUGAGAGAGAUGACAGCAGCGCUGUUGUUUUGUUCUUUUGUUGGCCUUGUUAAUGUUGGGGCCAAGACGAACAGAUGGCAUUAAAAAAUGCCAGCAGAUGGUCUGGGGCAUAAAGGAAAGUCCAGACUAAUAUCUUACAGCAGAGAAAGCCUUUGCAGACCUACUGUAUAAUACUGUAUAGAAGAGAGACCACCCAACCCUGUGUAUAUACUGUGUAUCCGCCCUCCCUCCCUCGGGACACAUCUCUCCCUUCCAACAAUCUGACUCUGCCUUGUGAGGUUCCUACUCUUCUAACGCUGUCUCUGAACCAUACAUACUUUAUUUAACCAACAAAAUCAUAUUAGGUACCUAAUGCACCCUACAGAGAGCAAAGCUGUGCACAAAGCUUAAGGGUUAUUAUUGAUGUCAUUGCAAAAUAUCAAAGGCCUUCCAUUUAAAGUCAGAGCACAUUAAAUCCUUUUAACUUUAAUAAUGAGCUUAUUUGUCCUCCUAAUACACAACAGGCAUGGGUCCAUAUUGAUCUUAUUUUGUCUUCCUUAUACACAAUAGGCAUGGGUCCAGAGACAUGGAAUCGUCUCUGCUGAAGCCCAAGUUCCACCUGGACCUGUGGGUCAGUUUCACCAUCCAGAACUGGCUGCUGGACUUAGGGAGGCCCAUAGUCAUGGUGAGUGAAAGAAAAAGAAAAAGUAUUAUUGACUUGAAUGGCAAUGUCCGGUCUAGUAAUUGUAUUUAUAUGGUGGACAACCCCUCAGACUACAACUCAAUUGGUUGUCGGAGGUUGUGCAGUAGCACUUUCAUAAUAUGGCCUAUUUCAUCUUAAUCAUUCUGGCUGGUACUAAAACAGUAUGUGGUCACAAUGAGUGGUUUAUGGUAACUUUGACACAAAUAGUAACUACAGGUACGUAGUAUCAAAAGUCAAGUAGCGUGCUUGUUUCAACAACACCCAAGAAACCACAGUAAUUAUUAGGUCAUUAUAACAUAAUUACCAUAUUACCAUUUCUGAGUAAACACAAUGCUUAUUACAUGUCCCUGUGGUGUAUAGCUUUCCCCUCCUCUAACUGAUUAACUGUAUAUUUUCAGAUCAUCCUCCCUCUAGAGUGGUUCCCCCUGAACAGACCCAGUGCUGGGGACUACUUCCACAUGGCUUACAACAUCAUCACACCCUUCCUGCUUCUCAAGGUAACUAAUCAUGGCACACAGAGACAGGGUGGUGUUUAUUAGACACACCAUAACGAGACGUUUCAAAACUGAUACGAAAACGAGUGUUUCUUGUUGGACAAGUCCGGGUAGUCCAUCCCUGUUCUAGUUAGUUUUCUUCCUUUUGGUGCCUAAUAAACACAAUCCACGACAACCCGGCUGAAUGCUACAUGACGAGGGCACGCUACUGUCCCUCCAACAUCGGUUUCUCUUCAGGCACACUGGCAGUUUAUAAGGGACACUUUGAAGGCAUUGACAUUAACUUGCUAAAGCAAAUGUCAGCUCCACUCAGUCAGGCCAGUUAUGGGAAGGUCAGACAGUCGUUUACUCGUUUUAUGGAACAUCACGCUCUCUGUAGCCGAUGUAAGUAAGACCUUUAAACAGGUCAACAUUCACAAGGCUGCAGGGCCAGACGGAUUACCAAGACAUGUACUCAGAGCAUGCGCUGACCAACUGGCAAGUGUUUUCACUGACAUUUUCAACCUCUCCCUGACCGAGUCUGUAAUACCUACAUGUUUCAAGCAGACCACCAUAGUCCCUGUGCCCAAGAACGCCAAGGUAACCUGCCUAAAUGACUACCGACCCGUAGCUCUCAUGUCUGUAGCCAUGAAGUGCUUUGAAAUGCUGGUCAUGGCUCACAUCAAUAUCCUCAUCCGAGAAACCCUAGACCCACCCCAAUUCGCACACCGCCCCAACAGAUCCACAGAUGACACAAUCUCUACAGCACUCCACAUGGCCAUUUCCCACCUGGACAAAAGGAACACCUACGUGAGAAUGCUGUUCAUUGACUACAGCUCAGCGUUCAACACCAUAGCGCCCUCAAAGCUCAUCACUAAGCUAAGGACCCUGGGACUAAACACCUCCCUCUGCAACUGGAUCCUGGACUUCCUGACGGGCCGCCCCCAGGUGGAAAGGGUAGGCAACAACACAUCUGCCACGCUGAUCCUCAACAAGGGGGCCCCUCAGGGAUGCGUGCUCAGUCCCCUCCUGUACUCCCUGUUCACCCACGACUGCGUGGCCAAGCACGGCUCAAACACCAUCAUUAAGUUUGCCGACGACACAAUGAUGAGACAGCCUAUAUGGAGGAGGUCAGAAACCUGGCAGUGUGGUGCCAGGACAACAACCUCUCCCUCAAUGUGAGCAAGACAAAGGAGCUGAUCGUGGACUACAGGAAAAGGAGGGCCGAGCAUGCCCCCAUUCACAUCGGCGGGGCUGUAGUGGAGCGGGUCGAGAGCUUCAAGUUCCUUGGUGUCCACAUCAUCAACAAACUAUCAUGGUCCAAACACACCAAGACAGUCGUGAAGAGAGCAAGACAAUGCCUAUUCCCCCUCAGGAGACUGAAAAAAUGUGGCAUGGGUCCUCAGAUCCUCAAAAAGUUAUACAGCUGCACAAUCGAGAGCAUCCUGACUGGUUGCAUCACCACCUGGUAUGGCAACUGCUCGGCCUCCGACCGCAAGGCACUAUAGAGGGUAGUGCGUACGGCCCAGUACAUCACUGGGGCCAAGCUUCCUGUCAUCCAGGACCUCUAUACCAGGUGGUGUCAGAGGAAGGCCCUAAAUAUUGACAAAGACUCCAGCCACCCAAGUCAUAGACUGUUCUCUCUACUACCGCACAGCCAGCAGUACCGGAGUGCCAAGUCUGGGACCAAAAAGGCUCCUUAACAGCUUCUAUCCCCAAGCCAUAAGACUGCUGAACACUUAAUCAAAUGGCUACCCGGACUAUUUGCAUUGACCCCCUUUUUUACGCUACUGCUACUAGCUUUUUAUUAUCUAUGCAUAGUCACUUUACCCCUACCUACAUGUACAUAUGAGCUCAAUUACCUCGACUAACCUGUACCCCUGCACAUUGACUUGGUACCAGUACCCCCUGUAUAUAGCCUCGUUAUUUUAUUGUGUAAUUUUUUUUUUUGCUUUAGUUUAUUUAGCAAGUAUUUUCUUACUCUGUAUUGUUGGUUAAGGGCUUGUAAGUAAGCAUUUCACGGUAAGGUCUACACCUAUUGCAUUCGGUGCAUGUGACAAAUACAAUUUUAUUUUAUUUUAUUUGUCAUGUCUCAGAUGAAACCCAUACACACGUUGGACUGAGGGAGCUGAAAGAGCACAGGCAGUCAGACAGAAUUGAGAUUAAGUUUUCUGAAGAACAGGUGGGCUGGACAGUGGUAUUGAGAUUAUGUUUUGUGCCAGCCUGUCAAGUUGAACAGAGAACAUAACCUUUAUGUCCCUGCUGGACUGCCAUCUCCCACUGACCCCCCUGUUGAAAUUGUCUCCAGAAGGAAUUUCACUGCCCAAUUCUCUCCCAUCACUCUCUAGCUGAUCGAGCGGAGCCCCAAGACACUGCCCCACUCCGCCGUGUACCUGUGCAUCAUCACCUUUGUGAUGGGCGCCAGCAUCCACCUGGUGGGUGACUCCAUCAACCAUCGCCUCCUGCUGAGUGGCUACCAGCUCCACUUGUCUGUCAGAGAGAACCCCAUCAUCAAGAACCUCAAGCCUGCCUCUCUGGUACUCCACCAUGACACCCAAUCUCCCUCUAUACCUCUCCCAUACUCAGGAGUACUUGUCUUGACCAGCGGGCAAGCUGGUUUUAAUUACACCUUUACAACCAGUUUAAGGCUUACGUGGAAUUAUUAUGUAAUUUCAAUCAGUUUUGCCAGGAUGUUAUUGCAAGGUUGUAACAAAGUCAUUUCAUUCAGUUUUGCCGUAAAACGCUGGGUGGAGAUAAUGAGUGUCCGCCACACAAUAACAUACCACUAUCUGCCUACUACAUUGUGGAUUGUCAAUAACACUGUGAAAGCUGAACAUAAAGCUGUGAAAGUCAAGGACUGCCAUACUCCCAUGAAUACUGUACUACUGCUAUCCUGAUAAUGUGUGUAACUUUUUACAUUGUUUUUGCUCAUUGGAUAGGCUUGUUUUCGUAUAAAGACCAAAUAUGAAAUUGUAGUACUCAUUAGCAUGAUUUGAUUUGAUUAUAUUUUGGUAAUUUGUCACGCCUGCUCCCGCUCCCCCUCCCCUUCCGUGGCGUUCGAGGGCGCCAGGCUGCCCAUCAUUACGCACACCUGUCACCAUCCUUACGCACAUCUGCACUUCAUUGGACUCACCUGGACUUCAUCACUGUUUAAAUACAUCGCCUAUAUCUGUCUGUUCCUCAGUUGUGAUCCCCGUGUCUGCAUUGAUGUUGGUUCGUUUCCCCUGUCCAGAGGCUGUCCGUGUUUUGUUCCAUGUCUUUUAUUUAUUAAAUCAUCAGCCUGUACUUGCUUCCCAUCUCCCAGCGUUUGUGGAACCGAGAUCGUCACAGUAAUUACAGGAAUUAUAUACUUUUACUGUCCUCUUUUUCCCACAGAUAGAUUCAUUUGAGCUACUUUACUAUUAUGAUGAAAAGCUUGGCCAUUCUAUGUGGUAAGGAACAUGUUUGCUCGAAAGUAUCUUUACUGUACUGUACUGAAUGACUGAAUCAGGUGAAAAAAGUAAUUCCACCUUGCCCAUAGUUAAACAUCAAUUUAUACCAUUCAAACUGUGAAUGUCAUAUGAAGAUUACAUAGAUGUGAAGACUGUCAUAGAUAUAUUGACAUGAUGUGUUUGCAGAUUACCAGCAUUUGAAUCCCUUUCAAUGAUUUAGUCUUCCCUGGGAAAAACACAAUUGAACAUGAUUCAAAAUGUGCUUUUUUCUCUUCUCUUCCACAGGUAUGUUCCCUUCUUCCUCAUCCUCUUCCUCUACUUCACUGGUUGCUUCACACACAUCAAGGAGGAGAAGAGGAUGCCGCUCCCUGCUUGGUUUCUUCUUGCUCCCAGCGCCGUCUACUAUUGGUCAGCCUCUUCACCCCUCUCUAGUGUCAUAUCAUACUAUCACAGCCUGUAAUGCUAGAAUGGUUGUUUUGUUUCCGCAUCCACUGUGAGUGAACACAAUGACUUAGCCCUGGGCAUAGGGCAGGACACGUCAGUGUAUCGUGCGUGCACGUGUUUGUGAGGGAGGAAGAGAGUGAGGGAGGGAGUGAGGGAGGGAGGGAGGGAUGCAUUGUACGUUCUGAUUCCAAUGGACUCUUGUCCAUUAUUCACCACAGCAAAACUCACUCCCUGAGACUUGCCCUCUAUCUGUAGAGUUCUUUAUGGGCUGCGUUCACAAGGUUAUGGUGCAGCGUUACAGUAUUUCCCUUCAGAUGUCUCCCAUAUGCUACUAAAAUGUAACAUGCUGGAAGAGUUAUCAGACAAGUUUUCAGACUUAAAAGCCAAAUAAAAGGCACUGAAAGACAUUGUACGUUUUUAGGCAACAUUUUGAAUUACUUUUUUAUCCUUCAUGUCAAAACUGUAUGGGAUGGUUUCGCGGACACAGAUUACGCCUAGUCCUCGACUAAAAAGCAAGCUCAGUGGAGAAUCUCUAUUGAAAUUACUUUUUAUUGCAAGGCUUAAUAUGUGUUCGGGAAACCUCCCCUAUGUGAGAAUAUGAAAUGUAGGAGUUGACAGGAAAGGAUUUCAUCCAUUGUUUUCAAAGUGGUUUGAUAAUUUGGGUCAAUUUCAAUGAACAAGGCAAAGAGAGAGUAUGGCCCAAUCCCAAAUCGACCUGUAGACUUGUGGAGAUCUGAGAGGAUUUGAUUGGUGUAAGCAAUAUAAUAAUAGAUCCACCUUGCACUCUGAUAGGCUAGAUGGACAUUUCCCCAUGCUUAUACCAAUGAAAUACUCUCAGAUCUCUACAAGUGCAUUGAUCUUAGGGUCUACAGUUGAAGUCGGAAGUUUACAUACACUUAGGUUGGAGUCAUUAAAACUCGUUUUUCAACCACUCCACAAAUUUCUUGUUAACAACUACAGUUUUGGCAAGUCGGUUAGGACAUCUACUUUGUGCAUGACACAAGUAAUUUAUCCAACAAUUGUUUACAGACAGAUUAUUUCACUUAUAAUUCACUGUAUCACAAUUCCAGUGGGUCAGAAGUUUACAUACACUAAGUUGACUGUGCCUUUAAACAGCUUGGAAAAUUCCAGAAAAUGAUGUCAUGGCUUUAGAAGCUUCUGAUAGGCUAAUUGACAUAAUUUGAGUCAAUUGGAGGUGUACCUGUGGAUGUAUUUCAAGGCCUACCUUCAAACUCAGUGCCUCUUUGCUUGACAUGAUGGGAAAAUCAAUAGAAAUCAGCCAAGACCUCAGAAACUAAUAGUAGACCACCACAAGUCUGAUUCAUCCUUGAGAGCAAUUUCUAAACGCCUGAAGGUACCACGUUCAUCUGUACAAACAAUAGUGCGCAAGUAUAAACACCAUGGGACCACGCAGCCAUCAUACCGCUAAGGAAGGAGACGCGUUCUGUCUCCUAGAGAUGAACGUACCUUGGUGCGACAAGUGCAAAUCAAUCCCAGAACAACAGCAAAGGACCUUGUGAAGAUGCUGGAGGAAACAGGUACAAAAGUAUAUAUAUCCACAGUAAAACCUGAAAGGCCGCUCAGCAAGGAAGACGCCACUGCUCAAAAACGGCCAUAAAAAAGCCAGACUACGGGUUGCAACUGCACAUGGGGACAAAGAUUGUACUUUCUGGAGAAAUGUUCUUUGGCCAUAAUGACCAUUGUUAUGUUUGUAGGAAAAAGCCGAAGAACACCAUCCCAACUGUGAAGCACGGGGGUGGCAGCAUCAUGCUGUGGGGGUGCUUUGCUGCAGGAGGGAUUGGUGCACUUCACAAAAUAGAUGGCAUCAUGAGGAAGGAAAAUUAUGUGGAUAUAUUGAAGCAACAUCUCAAGACAUCAGUCAGGAAGUUUAAGCUUGGUCGCAAAUGGGUCUUCCAAAUGGACAAUCACCCCAAGCAUACUUCCAAAGUUGUGGCAAAAUGGAUUAAGGACAACAAAGUCAAGGUAUUGGAGUGGCCAUCACAAAGCCCUGACCUCAAUCCUAUAGAACAUUUGUGGGCAGAACUGAAAAAGCGUGUGCGAGCAAGAGGCCUACAAACCUGACUCAGUUACACCAGCUCUGUCAGGAGGAAUGGGCCAAAAUUCACCCAACUUAUUGUGGGAAGCUUGUGGAAGGCUACCCGAAACGUUUGACCCAAGUUAAACAAUUUAAAGGCAAUGCUACCAAAUACUAAUUGAGUGUAUGUAAUCUUCUGACCCACUGGGAAUGUGAUGAAAGAAAUAAAAGCUGAAAUAAGUCAUUCUCUCUACUAUUAUUCUGACAUUUCACAUUCUUAAAAUAAAGUGGUGAUCCUAACUGACCUAAAACAGGGAACUUUUACUAGGAUUAAAUGUCAGGAAUUGUGAAAAAUUGAGUUUAAAUGUAUUUGGCUAAGGUGUAUGUAAACUUCACUGUGGAGAUGGUGUUCUCUGGGUGAUGAGGUGUUGGGUUUGCGCCAGACAUAGCGUUUUCCUUGAUGUCCAAAAAGCUCAAUUUUAGACUCAUCUGACCAGAGUACCUUCUUCCAUAUGUUUGGGGAGUCUCCCAUAUGCCUUUUGGCGAACACCAAACGUGUUUGCUAAUUCUUUUCUUUAAGCAAUGGCUUUUUUCUGGCCACUCUUCCAUAAAGCCCAGCUCUGUGGAGUGUACAGCUUAAAGUGGUCCUAUGGACAGAUACUCCAAUCUCCGCUGUGGAACUUUGCAGCUCCUUCAGGGUUAUCUUUGGUAUCUUUGUUGCCUCUGAUUAAUGCCCUCCUUGCCUGGGCUGUGAGUUUUGGUGGGCGGCCCUCUCUUGGCAGAUUUGUUGUGGUGCCAUAUUCUUUCAAUUUUUUUUAUAAUGGAUUUAAUGGUACUCUGUGGGAUGUUCAAAGUUUCUGAUAUUUUUUUUAUAACCCAACCCUGAUCUGUACUUCUCCACAACUUUGUCCCUGACCUGUUUGGAGAGCUCCUUGAUCUUCAUGGUGCCACUUGCUUGGUGGUGCCCCUUGCUUAGUGGUGUUGCAGACUCUGGGGCUUUUCAGAACAGGUGUAUAUAUAUUGAGAUCAUGUGACAGAUCAUGUGACACUUAGAUUGCACACAGGUGGACUUUAUUUAACUAAUUAUGUUACUUCUGAAGGUAAUUGGUUGCACCAGAUCUUAUUUAGGGGCUAUAUAGCAAAGGGGGUGAAUACAUACACACGCACCACUUUUCCAUUAUUUAUUUUUUUGAAUUUUUUGAAACAAGUUCUUUUUUCAUUUCACUUCACCAAUUUGGACUAUUUUGUGUAUGUCCAUUACAUGAAAUCCAAAUAAAAAUCAAUUUAAAUUACAGGUUGUAAUGCAACAAAAUAGGAAAAACACCAAGGGGGAUGAAUACUUUCGCAAGGCACUGCAGGUAGCUUAGUGGUUAAGAGCGUUGUGCCAAUAACCGAAAGGUCGCUGGUUCUAAUCCCCGAGCCGACUAGGUGAAAAAUCUGUCGAUGUGCCCUUGAGCAACGCACUUAACCCUAAUUGCUCCUGUAUGUCACUCUGGAUAAGAGCGUCUGCUAAAUGACAGAAAAUACAUUUAAAGGCAUCAAACUGAAUGUAACAGGGAGGGACUUAAGUAACCCAAUUUCUGUUUUUUGCACUAAUGAACACAGCUCUGUUCUGUACAGGUACCUGAUCACGGAGGGCCAGAUCUUCAUCCUCUUCAUCUUCACCUUCUUCGCCAUGACGGCCACAGUGAUGCACCAGAAACGUAAAGGCUUUGUCCCCGAUAGCAAUGGGCUCUUCCUGCUCUACAGGUAUAAUAAUAGUCCUGUUUCCUACAUUGUUUGUUCCUAUUUUUUUAAAGAAUAUUUAGGGGCGGUUUUCCGGACACAGAUUAAGCCUAGUCCUAGGCUAAAAACAAUGUUUUUUUUUUACAUUAUUUAGCAGACGCCCUUAUCCAGAUUAGUUAGUGAGCGCAUCCAUUUUCAUACUGGCCCCCCGUGGGAAUCAAACUCACAACCCUGGCAUUGCAAGCACCAUGCUCUACCAAUUGAGCUACACAGGACUCCAUGUUCAAUGGAGAUGUUUUAGUCCAGGACUAGGAUUAAUCUUUUUCUGGGAAACCAUCCCAUUAUUUAAAGUGAAUUGAGACCUGAGCAAAAUGUAUUUUAAAAUAAACUUGAAUUGACAGUUUCUCCAUCGCUCUGGGUCUGGUCUGCGUCUGGGUUGCUUGUCUCUGGAGCGACCAGGUCCUCCGCAAGAAAUACCGAGGGGUCAUCUACAUACCGGAGCCUUGGGCAUUCUACACUCUGCACAUCAGAGACAAGGGGCCAUCAGCU